AUGACGAAAAAAUGUUUGCUUUAAUAGUCGCUUCUGAUGGAUAUUAUGUAAGACCAAAAAAUGAUCUUAUAAAAAGAAAAAAAUACCAUUAUACUUUAAAAAGUAGUGGAAAAAAAGUCAAAGCCCACGUUGUAUUUUACAACAAUGACUUAGCAUUGCUUCUAAAAUUAAGCAAUAAUUUAAUCAAUCCUCCCGCAUUCAAUUUACGUCGGCUACUUGAUGCACAUGAAAUCCCAAAAAGUCCAGAGCCAUCAACUUAUUUUCACUCUCACAAUAAUGAGCCAAGUAAUUUAGUUGGUCCAAGUAUUAAUUGUGAUAACAUAGAUUGUCAGCAAUCUACACAGAUUAAAAUAAUUAAUCAAGACUGUGCUAGCGACACAGAUCAUGUAUUAAAUUCUAGUAACUGGCAUGAUCAAAUAACAGAUAUUCGUAAAUAUGCAAGCUGUCCUGAUAUAUUCUCCGAAUGCAAAAAGUCAUUCAGUUUACCAUUCAUUGUUAAUGAUGACUUAUUGGACCUGAAUAACCUUCACCAGCUCGUACCUUUAUCACAGACAGAAAACAACGAAACCAUCAAAGGAGUAAAAGAUGACAGUUUAUUUUACAACCGUGAGUGUGUCGGAUAA